AUGAAGCAUCCAGUCGCAUCCUUGCUACUCCUCUCCAGCCUCAUGUGCCUCACGGUGCUGGCCGAGAAGCCGUCGCACAUGCUGAAGGCUCGCCGCGGCUCCUACUUUAAUGAGCCCGCCCUAGCGCGCUCCAAUGAUGCCAGCGUGGCUGUGGCUCUCGAUACGAAUGCCGACAAGGAUAAGCUGAGCGAAGCAGCCGCUGGCGUUGGCGGCGCCAGCAGCAGUGGCAGCAGCGGCAGCAUUAGUGCCACGGGCAACAAAGAUGCUUCCAGUGGACGGCUGUUCCUCAAGAAGUUCCUUAUGUUCAAGAACAUGUUCAGCAGCAACAAUCAGCCGGUAAUACCCAUUAUCAUAACUGGAGCUGGCACCGGUAGCGCCACCACUCCGACCACAACGGUGACAUCGACGGGCUCGAUACCAACGGCCACGGGUACUGUCACCACCUCGCCGACAUCACCCACAUCACCGACAACACCAACAACGGCCACAGGUCGCGAGUAUUAUGGCCAGCAGGAGGACGAACAGCAGGAGGGGGAUGAAGCCGCUGAGGAGGAGCCCAAGCCUGCGGGUGCCAUUGCCAUGGCCGCCAAUGCUGAACUGAUCGACGAACAGGCCCUCCAGGCGGCACUUGCUGCCGGCGCACAGGAGUACGAGGUGUUCACCGAGGGGGAUCAGGCAGACACCGGAGCCACUGAGAGCAAGGCCAGCCAGAACAAUCGCAUCAAUCUGCGCCGCAAGGGUGCUCGCCGCGGCCAGGGCCAGAUGAUCAGCGUGCGCAUACCGCCUCGCUACCGUCGCUACUUCAAGAACGGGCAGAAGGUCAUGUUGAAUACCAAGAGCCGACCCAACAAACGUCGCGUGGUCCGAAGGCGUGUGCAGAACAAGAACAAACGCUUCAACAACCGUCGUCGCGGCGGCAAGAACAAGAACAAGAAGGGCAAAGGCAAGAACAAGAACAAGCGCCCACGCCUGCCCGUGGUCUAA